AGCGCAGGCGGUAUCUAAGGGGCCUGGGAAGCGGGAAAGCUCGGGAGUCACUCACGAGAGAACACCCUGCAGGAGUCGACCCAGCUGCCUGGCUUCGUGGUCCUGCAGCGUGGCCCGUUGCUUCGCGCAGAGCCCAGUGGAGCAAAAUGAGAGCGCAGUGAGCCAGGCCCAGCUUCUCUCCUAGCCGUCCCCGACUCCCACCAUGAACCACUUGGAGGGGUCUGCGGAGGUGGAGGUGACUGACGAGGCGGCAGGUGGGGAGGUGAACGAGUCGGUGGAGGCCGACCUGGAGCACCCCGACGUAGAAGAGGAGCAGCAGCAGCCGCCACAGCAGCAGCACUAUGCGGGCCGCCACCAGCGCGGGGGCGCCCUCGAGGACCUCCGCGCCCAGCUCGGCCAGGAGGAGGAGGAGCGUGGGGAAUGCCUGGAGCGCUCAGCCAGCACCGAGAGCGGCUUCCACAACCACACGGACACCGCCGAGGGCGACGUGAUCGCCGCGGCCCGCGACGGCUACGAUGCGGAGCGCGCACAGGACCCCGAGGACGAGAGCGCCUACGCUGUGCAGUACCGGCCGGAGGCCGAGGAGUACACGGAGCAGGCGGAGGCCGAGCACGCCGAGGCCACGCACCGCCCUGCACUGCCCAACCACCUGCACUUCCACUCGUUGGAGCACGAGGAGGCCAUGAACGCGGCCUACUCAGGCUAUGUCUACACGCACCGGCUCUUCCACCGCGGCGAGGACGAGCCCUACGCUGAGCCCUACGCCGACUACGGCGGUCUUCAGGAGCACGUGUACGAGGAGAUAGGGGACGCGCCGGAGCUGGACGCGCGCGAUGGCCUGCGGCUCUACGAGCAGGAGCCCGACGAGGCGGCCGCAUACCGCCAGGAGGCCCUGGGCGCGCGGCUGCACCACUACGACGAGCGCUCAGACGGCGAGUCUGACAGCCCCGAGAAGGAGGCCGAGUUCGCGCCCUAUCCGCGCAUGGACAGCUACGAGCAGGAGGAGGACAUCGACCAGAUCGUGGCCGAGGUCAAGCAGAGCAUGAGCUCGCAGAGCCUCGACAAGGCGGCCGAGGACAUGCCCGAGGCCGAGCAGGACCUGGAGCGACCCCCUACCCCGACCGGGGGUCGCCCCGACAGCCCCGGGCUGCAGGCACCGGCGGGGCAGCAGCGGGCAACAGGCCCCGCUGGCGGCGGCGAAGCAGGGCAGCGGUACAGCAAGGAGAAGCGCGAUGCCAUCUCGCUGGCCAUCAAGGACAUCAAGGAGGCCAUCGAGGAGGUGAAAACCAGGACCAUCCGUUCGCCUUACACCCCCGACGAGCCCAAAGAGCCCAUCUGGGUCAUGCGCCAGGACAUUAGCCCCACCAGGGACUGUGACGACCAGAGGCCGAUGGACGGAGAUUCUCCGUCUCCUGGCAGCUCCUCACCCUUGGGUGCAGAGUCAUCAGGCACACCUCUUCACCCCAGUGACCCCGCAGAAGCCUCCACAAAUAAAGAGUCAAGAAAAAGCUUGGCUUCAUUCCCAACCUACGUUGAAGUUCCGGGACCCUGCGACCCCGAAGACUUGAUCGAUGGAAUCAUUUUUGCUGCCAAUUACCUUGGCUCCACCCAGCUGCUCUCAGACAAAACUCCUUCCAAAAAUGUGCGCAUGAUGCAGGCCCAGGAAGCCGUAAGCAGGAUCAAGAUGGCCCAGAAAUUAGCCAAAAGCAGGAAGAAGGCUCCUGAAGGCGAAUCUCAGCCAAUGACUGAGGUGGAUCUCUUCAUUUCUACCCAGAGAAUCAAAGUGCUGAACGCUGACACACAGGAGACAAUGAUGGACCACCCUCUGAGGACCAUUUCCUACAUUGCGGACAUUGGGAACAUCGUUGUGCUGAUGGCCCGCCGGCGGAUGCCUCGUUCCAACUCCCAGGAGAACGUGGAAGCCUCCCACCCGUCCCAGGAUGGGAAAAGGCAGUACAAGAUGAUCUGCCACGUCUUCGAGUCUGAGGAUGCUCAGCUGAUUGCACAGUCCAUCGGACAGGCAUUUAGCGUGGCGUACCAGGAAUUCCUCAGGGCCAAUGGGAUUAACCCCGAAGAUCUCAGCCAGAAGGAGUAUAGUGACCUGCUCAAUACCCAGGACAUGUACAACGAUGACCUGAUUCACUUCUCCAAGUCGGAAAACUGUAAAGAUGUUUUCAUAGAGAAGCAGAAAGGAGAAAUCCUAGGUGUGGUGAUUGUGGAGUCUGGCUGGGGAUCCAUCCUCCCCACCGUGAUCAUUGCCAAUAUGAUGCAUGGUGGCCCUGCAGAGAAAUCUGGGAAGCUGAAUAUCGGUGACCAGAUCAUGUCCAUUAAUGGCACCAGCCUGGUGGGCCUGCCUCUAUCCACCUGCCAGAGCAUUAUUAAGGGCUUAAAGAAUCAAUCCCGAGUCAAGCUGAAUAUUGUGAGAUGUCCUCCGGUCACCACCGUGUUAAUCAGAAGACCAGACCUUCGCUACCAGUUGGGUUUCAGUGUCCAGAACGGAAUUAUCUGCAGCCUCAUGAGAGGGGGAAUAGCUGAGAGAGGAGGCGUCCGUGUGGGGCACCGGAUCAUUGAAAUCAAUGGACAGAGCGUCGUGGCCACCCCCCACGAGAAGAUCGUCCACAUUCUCUCCAAUGCUGUUGGGGAGAUUCACAUGAAGACAAUGCCAGCCGCCAUGUACAGGCUGCUGACGGCCCAGGAGCAGCCCGUUUACAUCUGA